CCGUACAGCACGGCGACGCGUAUGUCCGACGCGCUGUUCGAGCGCAUCCAGCGCUACACUAAGACGCACGCCGCCUGCACCGCUGCCGUCGCCGAUUGGCCGGCCUUCUUUAACGACCCCGCGCAGGGGCUCAGCAGCAGCAGCGGGGCAGCCGAUGCGGCCGCGGACUGCAAGUACCUGCUGUGGCUCGAGCCCACGUUCAACGGCCUGGGAAAUCAACUCCUCUCCCUCGUCUCUGCCUUCAUAUACGCCCUUCUCACCGACCGCACGUUGCUCAUCAGCCCUGCUGCGUUCAACGCGCGUCUCCUCUGCAACCCCUUUCCCCACUCCUCCUGGCGACCAUCCUCGCUAUCCUCUGAAGACUUCGAUCUGAUGGCAGCAGUGGCGAGGAAUCACAUGGUGGGGCGCAUGGUGGGGAUGGACGAUGGGGCGAGAGGAGUGUUCAUCAUAAGUCUGAUGGCAGCAGUGGCGAGGAAUCACAUGGUGGGGCGCAUGGUGGGGAUGGAUGAUGGGGCGAGGGGGGGUGACGAGGAGCAGAGGCACCCCAAUGCUGCCUUCAGCGACCUCAGCUGCAGAGCCAACGUCUCAGAUCUCGCGUUUUACUGCCCCAAGGUGCAGAAGCAGAUCUCGGCCAUCCGUUUCCUGGGGCUCGAUACAGAGGAGUACAUCCUGCCAGCCCUCUACCUCGUUCCUGAAUUCGAUGCUGAGUUGGAGCGGCUGGUGCCCGACCGCCUGCCUUUGAUGCACGUGGGACGCUACCUGCUGCACCCCGCCAACUACCUCUGGGAGGAAAUCACCCGCGCCUUCCGAGCCUACCUCGCCCCGUACCAGCACAGGGUCGGCAUCCAGAUCCGGGAUUUCACCACAGAAACAGCAGAUGAGCCGCAAGUGAUCCAGCGCACGAUGCAGUGUGCUGUGAAUAUAUCAAAGGGGCUGCCUCCUCUGAUGGAGCACGCACGGUGGAAGAGCAUUAUGAACGAAGAGGUCGCCCCGACUGCAGUGGAGCAGCAGUGGCUGGAUCAAGCACGAGACAAGGCUUAUGACAGCAGCAGCAGUCCGCGCAGCAUAGGCGUGUUAGUGGCAUCACUGAAACGGUCCUACCAGGACGCCAUCCGGGAUGCGUAUGUGGAGGGGGUGCCACUGGGGGGCCACGAUGUGGCGGUUACCAGUCUGAGCCACGAGUCGGGGCAGACGUAUGGCGAGGAGAGACAACUGGAGCUGGCUCUGAAAGAGAUGUGGCUGCUGUCCAUGUGUGACCUGCUGCUGGUGAGUGACAGCUCCACCUUUGGCUACAUGGCGGCGGGGCUGGCAGGAGUGAGCCCCUUCUCCCUCAACAUCGUUCGUCGCAUGGGCGCCGACUGGGAUGUCAACGGGCGGCCCGCGUGUGAGGUCACCACGCCAGAGCCCUGCUACCUCUCCAUGCUGGAACCGCAGCAACGGCAGAUCCAGAAGGUGCUCAGUCUACCAGCAAGUCAGGCAUUCCCGACUUCUUGUCAUUCUCUGCUGGAUAACGUUCAUCAUUGCACCAUGCCGCGUGCUCCACCGAAAGGGAGAGCGCCUCUGAUGAAGAAGCAGAAUGCUACGGAGGAUUCCCAGCCUCCUGCGGACAAAGGGAAGGAGAAAGUGGAUGAUGAGGUUGCUGAGACCAUUCAUACUGAAGGAAGCAGCUCUGGCCUAUCACUGGAGGAGAAACUCGCCGCGCUUACCUCUGCUCACGCUGACGCGGAUGACUUCACCGAUGAUGACUCUGACGACGAGCUUGAAUUUGACGUUACGAAAGACCUCGUCGCCAAGCAGCGCUUCACGGCUAUUCUGCUGCUCCCUUUCAUCCUGCAGCAGGAAAUGGCGGCUGUUAUCUUGACAGUGCGAAUGUUGCUGAAGCGUGUUUGGUCGUCCCUACUCUCUGACGGAGCUAACACCCACGUGGGUUUUCAGUAUCUGUUCCCGGCUUAUGUCGCAAAAACGAAGUACAGCCGUCUUCAGCUCUCGUUCCUGAAAGAAGAGGAUGCAGUAAAUGUUCGUCAAGCUUCCUUGGACUGUCAGCGUGCUAACAGCAGCAUGACGUACAAGCUUCACUGGCUGCACGCCGAGAAUGUUGCCUUCACACGGCUGAAGGCGUCCAAUGCACGUGCCGUUGAAGUCGUUUUUUAA